GGCCGUAAUAAAAGUGCAGCCAGCAAGACGAUCAUUCUUUCGUCCGCGAAGUGAGCUGUCUGCUGUAAUAACUGUAGCAUAUAUCGUUCCAAUUUUAAUCACUCCCUCUGCUACAGCAAUUAACCUUGCAGCACCAUGGCCAAAAUUGAGCAUGUCACCGAGAAGCCCAAGCUGGACCAGAUCCUGAAGGAGGCCGGCAAUAAGCUGGUGGUGCUGGACUUCCACGCCACCUGGUGCGGACCCUGCCGGAAUAUUGCGCCCAAAUUCGAGGAAUUCGCCAACAAGUACGACGCCGUGUUUCUCAAGGUCGACGUCGACGAGGCCGAGGAGAUCGCCUCCACCUACGAGAUCACCUCCAUGCCGACGUUCGUCUUCGUGAAGAACGGGAAGAAAGUGGAUAGCUUCUCGGGAGCGGACGUGAACAAGCUGGAGCAGACCAUCAAGAAGAACCUGUAAACAGGCCUGCCGCGCCGCGCGUGCACAGCCGGCCGGUGUGUGUGCCUGGGGAACAGUAAUUACUCAUCAUGACGCUGCUUAAUUUUCCGACGACAUUUCUUGCUUUUCUGCGCCGCACUGAAAUCCGCCAUACAAUAUGAUUGUUUUCUAUUCUGCAUUACGCCCUUGUUGCCGCUGUUGUGUAGCGGAGCAUGCAUUUGCCGGCAGCUGGAGGCUUCAACCAUGUGCAAUAUAAAUUCAGCAAGUGUUUUUCCAUUUUUACUCUUUUAUGCAAUUUUGGCUGAAUGUGAGAAAUAAGAGAAAAAACAAGUA